UCCCCCAUUUAAGUCCAAUUGCAUCUCUUUUCAGAGCUAGAUUCCCCUCCACGAGGAAAAAGUCUCGACCCGCAGAUACUCAACCAUCCCAACCGGAUUUCAUCCAUGUCCGGGGUGCUUGGAUGAUGGAUCCAGAUAGUCGGAUCUUGAUCCCUGCCACAACAAAUGAUGCGUCAUCCAGCACCAACACCUGACAGAUCCACCAGACGCUUGGCGGGACCAAGCACACAACAAACAUGUGAAAUUGUCUGCUCGAGUCGUGCCAUUGGGGAUUUUCUUGGGAUAGCUACUUCCCUUGUGUCGACGCGGUUUGAUCAUCCGGUUGCGCUCAACGAUUGCUAUGGUCCAUAUUGCAUAUUGGCAAGGCUAUGCGGCUCAUGGAAGAAUAGUCUAUGCAGGCUGCCAAUGUCGCCACUCCCGAUGGUGAGCCAUGCAGAAGAUUUCCAUAAUCCCGAAACUCCGAAUGGAUGGUUAUUCGAGAGUCUGAGACCCUGAGAGUAAGUAAACCAUGAGGAGCAUUCGUGAUUGGUCCAUAGUAUGGGCACCGUGUUUGCGCUUAAGCAGCACGUUCAUGUUGGUGCACUGUAC